UCAAUGAUGUUCAAGUUACAAGGUUUAGUUGCCUUCGCAAUCACAUUCUUCGUCUCCGCCUCUUUGACUCAUGGCUUUCCUCACGGUAGCCACUCCCCCAUCCCAGAGCCAAAGGUCGACUCUCCCCUCCUGACUGAAAAGCUCAACACCAACAGAACCAUCUUGGUCGAUAUCGCCGGCGAUGGCCAAUUCAAAUCCAUCCAGGCCGCCAUCGAUUCUGUUCCUGCAGGGAACAAUCAGUGGGUUAUCAUUCAUGUUAGGCAAGGGGUGUACAGAGAAAAAGUGCACAUACCCCCCGAAAAAUCCCAUAUUUUCAUGAGAGGCAAUGGGAAGGGAAGGACACAGAUUGUUUGGUCCCAAAGCUCUGAGGUCAACGAGGAGUCUGCAACUUUCAUAGUAGAAGCUCCAUUAUUCAUUGCCUAUGGGAUCAGCUUCAAGAAUGAGGCUCCAACUGGUGUGGCAUACACAUCGCAAAAUCAGUCAGUGGCGGCGUUAGUGGGUGCAGACAAGGCUGCAUUUUACCACUGUGCUUUCUACAGCACCCAUAACACCCUCUUCGAUUACAAGGGCAAGCAUUACUAUGAUAACUGCUACAUCCAAGGCUCAAUCGACUUCAUCUUCGGACGUGCUAAAUCUAUAUACCAUAACUGUGAGAUCUUUGUGAUUGGAGACAAGAGAGUUUCCAUCAAAGGGUCUGUAACAGCUAAUCACCGACAGAGUGCAGACGAGUGCAGUGGGUUUGUGUUCAUCAAAGGCAAGGUGUAUGGCGUAGGUGAUCAUGUCUACUUGGGUAGAGCCAAGGGUGCCUUUUCGAGAGUCGUUUAUGCAGAAACCUAUCUCUCUAGGACCAUUAUGCCCGAGGGCUGGACCAAUUGGAGCUAUGCCGGAGGAACAGAGAACCUGUACCACGCCGAGUACAACUGCAAGGGGCCAGGAGCCGAGUUUAGUGAUCGCGUUCCAUGGGCGAAGCAACUCACGGAUCAAGAGGUUCAACCAUUCCUGACGAUCGACUUCAUCGAAGGAAAGGAUUGGCUGCCGGUGUCGUUUUAAAUCCGUUAGCUAUAGCUAAGGAGGAGCAGCUGCUAGCACAUUGAUGAUGAUACAUAACAUGGACCCCAAGUUUCCGUUUGAUCAAGAAUUUGUUUUGUGACAAAUGAACGAUCAAUCGGGAACGAAAAUGAUGUAUAUGAUACUCUUCUAUAUAAUCAGCGAUGAAAUCUGACCAUUGUAGAGC